AUGCCCAUCCAAAAUGAAGCUCAAGUUGUUGCGCAAACGCGGAAGUCACAGGCUCAGCCCUGCUCCUUCUCCUGCGCGCCGCCCCCGCGCACCCUCCUCCUCCCCUCGCUCUCCAGCUCGCGCCGCGCCUUCAUCACCCUCCCCGGCACCUCCCCGGCCCCGCAAGUCCUCACCGCGUCCCGCCUCCUCCCGUACCCCACCGGUCCUCUCUACGACAUCAUCUCCGACGUCGAUUCCUACGCCAGCUUCGUCCCCUUUUGCAGCAGCUCCGCGUCACCCACUGCCACCCUCCGCGUCGGCUGGGGCGGCUUCCAAGACUCCUUCACCUCCCGCCUCGACUGCGUCCCCGGCUCCGUCGUCGAGGCCGUCAGCGGCUCCGCCGCCCGCCUCAUCGCCGAUCCCGGCCGCCGCCUCUCCACCGGUAACUCGGCCGUCCUCAAGAGCCUCUCCACCCGCUGGACCCUCGAGCCUCGUACCGUGGCCGGCGCUGAGGGCGCCGAGGUCAACCUGACCAUACGCUUCGAGUUUGCCAACCCCCUCUACGCCGCCGUUUCGUCCGCCGUCUCCGAGACCGUUGCCGCGAAAAUGAUUGAGGCCUUUGAGAGUCACGCCAGGAAGAUACUCGGUAGGGAGGCCCCGGCUCGCGGGCUUCUAUAG